GCAAAAGAUGAAAUAAUUGAUCACGGAAAGCGAUGGGAGGCAGCCACGACACAAGUGAAAACGCGUACACUAACACUAAUACUGCGCUCUGCUACCUAUGCUUUGCGUUGCUUUGCUCCAUUCCAUCGCCAUGUGAGGCUGACCUAUUUAAAAAUGUAUUCCUCAUCCCCACCUUUUGCAUUGACAUCCUCCCUCACUCCCUCACUUCCUUCUACUUCACUCACCUCUUCGAAUUGAGCAGCUCUUGCAGAGGAGAACCCAGAUUUCGGAAAUGGUGGGUUUCAGAGCUUCCAAGGUAUUUAUGCUCUUUCUUGUUUUGGUCCUUUUUGCUGCGGCUUCUCUCUUAUGUGUGCGCGCACAAUCUGAAUCUCCAAAUGGAGGGUUGUUUCGGGGAGGAGGAGGAAGGAGAGUUUUGGAGGCGGUGGAAGAGGAGCACCCCAAGAACAAGAACAAGAAGUCCACCGAUGCCUUACCGACCAAAACUCAGAACAAGCUCCUUAAAUCUCCCACCCAAUCCUCAAAAAACCAGACCAAGCUCAUUAGCAACAAUUUCUCCACCAAAAACAAGACCAUGCUUGGUAAAGCUAAGAAUUCCACGAAACUGGCAUCUGGUGGUAACCUGUCCAAGGUUGGGCUGAAGAAGCUCAAUGCCACCGCCAAGUUCCCAAAGCUGAAUUCCACAUCGAAAUCCUCCAAUUCUACCAAAACCACUUCGUUCUCUGCCAAGAAAUCUUCAGAUCUACUCAAACUAAGCACACCCAAGAACAAAACGACGACGCCCAAUUCCACAAAGCAAUCCCAAACCACCCAUCUCGACAAAUCAGAGAACAAAUCGAAGCAGGAAAAACCCAAGAAACAAGCUCAGACCAAAGCAAAAACCGGUUGGGUCGACGAAGAUGAAGACGAUGAUUUGGUGUCGGAAUUCAGAGAUCUAACCACGAAAUUUCAGAAAACUUUGAUCCCAGACCUUGCGAGAAUCUCCACCACUUCCAAGGCAUACAUUACGAAAGCCAACAAACAAAUGACAAUGGGAUUUAAACCCAUUGUGGGUAACAAGUAUGCAUCCACCAUCGCUUCUCUCAUCUCCUUCGCAUUCAUUUUGAUUCCGUUAAUCUUGGUGAGUCUUUUAUUCAAUCGAAUCAAGGCUUAUUUCUCACUCCAAAAGGUCCUAAUCUUCAUCCAAGUGUACCUCGCAAUCUACUUCGGCAUCCUCUGCUUCUCCUCCGUGGUCACUGGGCUGGAGCCGCUCAAAUUUUUCUACUCCACCUCGCAAUCCACCUACAUUUGCUUACAGGUGAUGCAAACCCUUGGAUACAUCCUGUACCUGCUGCUACUAGUGAUGUACCUGGUGCUAGUGUUCUCCACCGACUGUGGGAUGGGGUCGAGGAUGUUGGGUCUGGCCCAGACCUUCGUCGGGUAUGCAUUCGGGUUGCAUUACUAUGUGUCGGUGUUCCACAGGAUGGUUCUACACCAGCCGCCCAAGACAAACUGGAAAAUUCAUGGGAUUUACGCCACGUGCUUUCUGGUGAUUUGCGCGUUCGCGGGGGCGGAGAGGAGGAAGAAGGCCUACUUGGAAGAGGACGGAGCAGAGGGCAAGAAGAGUUGAUUCAAUUGAAUGCAGAUUUUUUUUUUUUUUUUUUUUUUUUUUUUUUUUUUUUUUUUU